AUGGCUCCUUACUCUAGCCAGUCUCGCCGUACUGGAGGCAGAAAUAAGUCAGACACAGCUAUUUUGAGACGUGCUCAUUUGACGUCUUCGCGAACAUACAAUGCAAAGGAGAAAUCGCCUUUCACUUCCAGCAAGAUUGAUGGAAGUGUCGUCGGCUUCAAAUUCGUCGAGCAGCCAAAGACAAUUCUACGGAUCAGGCUCCGGAAGGGUGCGCACGAACCAAGCGUGUCGCUAGCGACCAGCUCAUUCAAACCCAACAGCACAAUUUACCCGGGUAAAAAGAUUAAAAGCAAGAGAAGCCCCCGAGAGAGCCGCACGGAUCGGCUCAUUUGGCUGCAACGACUUCGCCCUACGCCCCAACGACAAGCCGAACUUCUGGAAUCUCAUAAUUGA